AUGUCUCGCUACACGAGGCCCCCCAACACCUCCCUGUUCGUCAGGAACGUCGCGGACGCCACCAGGCCUGAGGACUUGCGCCGUGAGUUUGGUCGAUAUGGCCCUAUAGUAGACGUUUACAUUCCACUUGACUUCUACACCCGCCGCCCAAGAGGAUUUGCUUAUGUCCAAUAUCCUUUAUUCAUAUUUGAAGAUGUUCGUGAUGCUGAAGAUGCACUUUAUAACCUCAACAGAAAGUGGGUAUGUGGCCGUCAGAUUGAAAUACAGUUUGCACAAGGUGAUCGCAAAACACCAGGCCAGAUGAAAUCAAAAGAACGUCACCCUUGUUCUCCAAGUGAUCAUAGGAGAUCAAGAAGCCCUAGCCAAAGGAGAACCCGAAGUAGAAGUUCCUCAUGGGGAAGAAAUAGGCGGCGAUCGGAUAGCCUUAAAGAGUCGCGACACAGGCGAUUUUCUUACAGCCAAUCUAAAUCUCGCUCCAAAUCACUACCCAGGCGGUCUACCUCAGCAAGGCAGUCAAGAACUCCAGGAAGGAAUUCUGGUUCUAGAGAACGGUCAAGGUCCAAGUCCUUGCAGAAAAGGUCCAAGUCAAUAGGAAAAUCACAGUCAAGCUCACCUCAGAAGCAGACUAGCUCAGGAACAAAAUCAAGGUCACAUGGAAGACAUUCUGACUCCAUAGCAAGAUCCCCAUGUAAAUCUCCCAAAGCGUAUACCAAUUCUGAAACAAAAGCACAAACAGCGAAACACUCUCAUUUUCGAUCACAUUCCAGAUCGCGGAGUUAUCGUCAUAAAAACAGUUGGUGAAC